CUUUUGGUUACGGUGGUUAAAAUGCACUCGUGUGCCAUCUGCCGCUGUCUCUGCGAGCCUAGCAACGAAAAUUUGGACUCCACAAGUCAUUCGAAGCGGUGCGACGGAAAAUUGCGAUUUGCUCAAGAAAAACGUGACUUAAAGAAAUUCCCGCUAUGGCCAGCGCACUAAUUCACUCUCUCCCGGCUUUCCGCGUGAGUGUCAGAGCGCCGCUUCUCUUCAGUAGCACAGUUCUUCGACAAUUUGCCACAAAAAUGUCUGGACUUCCCAGGGUAUUCUUUGAUAUCUCUGCCGAAGGUACUCCCGUCGGCAGAAUCAUCAUGGAGCUCCGCUCCGAUGUGGUUCCAAAGACGGCCGAGAACUUCCGCGCUCUGUGCACCGGCGAGAAGGGCUACGGAUACAAGGGCAGCACGUUCCACCGCGUCAUCCCCAACUUCAUGUGCCAGGGAGGCGACUUCACAAACCACAACGGCACUGGCGGCAAGUCCAUCUACGGCAACAAGUUCGAAGAUGAGAACUUCACUCUGAAGCACACUGGCCCUGGAAUUCUUUCCAUGGCUAACGCGGGCGCCAACACCAACGGCUCCCAGUUCUUCCUGACCACCGUGAAGACGUCGUGGUUGGACAACCGUCACGUUGUGUUCGGUGCCGUGGUCGAGGGCAUGGAUGUGGUGAAGAAGGUCGAGUCAUACGGGUCGCAGCACGGCAAGACCAGCAAGAAGAUCGUGGUUGAAGACUGCGGCCAGCUCAGCUAAAUUGAUCGCUGUCACUCUCGAAAUCAAUUGAGCACCGCCCUCUUUCCACCUAAUUAGCUGCAAGGUCCCCUUUUCUAGAGCAUUUCGUAUUAUCAGAUUACUUUUUUACUUCAACCAAUUUUCUGAACGGGCGACCAGAAGCAUUCCUUUUCAUUGUUUUCUUCUUUGUUAAUUUUUUUUUUUUAAACUGAUCAGUCGGACAAAACAAUUCUUCACAAUGUGAAUGGAAAAGUAAUACGCAACCUGUAUUCAUCUUGAAUGUUUCUCAACAACAAUAAUAAAUAAAGACGUAUGCUACACACAUAUGGAUUCGGAAAGCGAA